AUGGCGGGACCCAGACCCAGGAGCCGGCGCUCGCCUUGGCCUCCGGCAGGCGGCUCCCCUGCUCUCCGCGCCGUCACCGAGAGGACCCCGAGCUGCCUGUCCCGCUCUCGGUGCCGCGCCAGGUCCGCAGCUCCCGCGGCCACCCCUCCAGGCCUCAACCCCGCGGGUGCCGUGCGAAUGGGGCGCCCUCUGGAUGAGCGCCGACUGGCCGCCCACUCGCAACUGGCCCUGGGACGCGAGGCGCGCCCGUGGCGUGGCGGUCAACCCCAGGCUGAGAUCUGCCACAAGGUCCAGGAAAUCGUGUUGUCGCUCCUGGGGCUUAAGAACAUUUUUAACUUCUCCCAAAUUACUUUUAACCUGGCUCUCACUACCUUCAGCCGCCUACUGGUUUCAGUAAAGAUAAGAGAGAGAUUACUCCAUUGUGUCAUGAUUACUUGCUUGAGACUUGCUGCCACAUUUAACGAAGAAGAGGAGUUAAUUCCACGCAUAAAAGACUUCAUAAAGCACUAUGGCUCUGGCUAUACCCCGGGCGAGCUGCUGAGGGUGGAGCUGGCUAUUUUGGACAGACUGCACUGGGACCUCUAUAUUGGGAUACCGCUGGACUUCUUGACCAUAUUCCAUGCCCUGGUGGUCCUGGGCUGGCCCCACGUGGUGGAGCUGCUGCCUCAGAGGAAUCCUUCCCUCCACGUCGCGUCCCUGACCAGGCAGCUGCAGCACUGUAUGGCGGGCCACCAGCUGCUGCAGUUCAAGGGCUCCACACUGGCCUUGGUCAUCAUCACCUUAGAGUUGGAGAGGCUCAUGCCCGACUGGUGUACUCCUAUAUCUGAUCUGCUAAAGAAAGCACAGGUCAGUAGUGAGCAGUUGAGCCACUGCAAGGAACUUAUAAAGCAGCACCUGAGAAGUUUGUAGUCCUCUUCCUGCUCAGACAACUUUGUUUCACUUCCCAGCCUCUGUGCCCCUAUCCUAAAGGAGAUGACUGGCACAGCCGUGAAGGAGAAGCCAGCUGUCUCUCGGACAGCAGGACACUACAGAGCCAUUGUCUGGGCAGGAGAGUCCAGCAGGCAGAGCUGCCCCCUGGAGCUGUGUAAGCAGCAUCGGAAAUACGAAUGA